AGGCGGCGCCCGACAACGCGAUAAUUAUUGAGAAUCACGAACCCAACUUCAAGACCGAGGAAUUCCCCAACGAAAAAGUUUAUGAAAAUAGAUUGCCAUAGAUCAAAACCUGAACAGAAACACAACGAAAGUGCGAAUUGAUAGCACCACCGAGCAGACCUGAUAAAGCGGAAUAGAAGAGGAGGCCAGAGCCACAGACUUGAAAGAGAAGAAACAUAAAAGGGUCAUCGCAAAAUGCUGACCCUGUGGACGGCGCUCUUCUGCUGCCUAACGGGACUGGCCCUGUGCUACCAGAGACAAUCUGUGAGCAGCAACAACAACAACCACAACCACAACAAUGCCGAGUCGAAGCCCACGCACAUGCCGCCGUCGCAUUAUCCGCACGGCCACAAGUGGAACGAGCCGUACUUUGAUCAGACCAUGCCCAGGAACAUCACAUCGCUGGUGGGCAAGUCCGCAUAUCUCGGCUGUCGCGUCAAGCAUCUGGGCAACAAGACGGUGGCCUGGAUACGACAUCGGGACCUGCACAUACUCACCGUGGGCACCUACACCUAUACGACGGAUCAGCGCUUCCAGACCUCCUAUCAUCGGGACAUCGACGAGUGGACACUGCAGAUCAAGUAUGCCCAGCAGAGGGAUGUCGGCAUCUACGAGUGCCAGAUAUCGACGCAGCCAGUGCGUAGCUAUUCGGUCAACCUGAACAUUGUGGUGCCAACGGCCACCAUUCUGGGAGGACCCGAUCUGUACGUGGACAAGGGCAGCACCAUAAAUCUUACAUGCAUCAUCAAGUUCAGCCCAGAGCCGCCGACCCAUAUCUUUUGGUAUCACCAGGACAAGGUGCUUAGCGAGGAGACUGGCGGAGGACGUCUGAAAUUCAAGACCAUCAAAUCGGAGGAGACCAAAUCCAUUCUGCUCAUUUACGAUGCGGACCUGCUCCACUCGGGAAAGUACUCCUGUUAUCCAUCCAACUCGGAGAUAGCCAGCAUACGCGUCCAUGUCCUGCAGGGCGAACGCCCCGAGGCCAUGCAAACGAAUGCGGCGCCGGCCGCCGUCGCCCUGGCCUGCUGGUCCUGCCACACGGCCCAGGCCACUCAGGCGGUCAAAGUAAUUAGCACAAUGGUCGCGGCAUUUGUAUUGUUGGAGGCAUGCUCCUCGCUGCUGCUCCAGGGCGGAGGUGGACCAGGUGCUGCCGGCGGAGGAGGUCGUGCCAAGGAGAGACCCGGCCGCGACCCAGAGUUUCCGAGCACAAGCUGCUGCCCCGCUGGUGCUGGCCAGGAGAAUGCCAUUCCCAUGAUGACGCCCGCCGGCGGCCCUGUCAAUAGUGGCAGCAGGAAUGCACGGUGAUAAAUUAAUGUCGCUCCGUUGGAAUUCCACCGCCAAUGCAGCAGCGCCCGCCCCUAAAUGAGGCAGAGAGCUGCAGCAGAAAUGAUUUAUAGCAGCCACAGCAGGGGCCGGCAGGAGCAGCAGAAGGAGCCGUUUUCCGUUUCCCUCGAAAGUUCUUCAGAGUUGAGCUGCAUGUAAUACCUUUAAGAACGACACAAAAAACCCCCCACUAAUUAUGCUAAUGAUGAAAAGAUGUUGCAACUGCUUCUUCUCCUGCUCCUGCGGCUCCUGCUCCUCCUAAGUUGUAAGUAAGAGUGUUUCUAAUUAAGUGUGCAAGGAUCUAGUUAGCCGAGCAGGAAAUUUUUUUUGGCUGGGCCGCAGCCUUGUACAUAAGACCCGGGCAGAGACCGGCUAAACGCAGAGACCAUUUGAACGAAUCAUCAAAAUCAUAUGGCCAGCUUAGACUAGAGCUAGGUUCCGGUUCCGGUUCAGGUUCCGGUUCAGGUUCCGGUUCAGGUUCGGGUUCGGAAGCGGGUUCAGGUGCAGUUCAGCCCAGUUUGUUCAAGGAAUACGAGUACUACACAUACUAGACACUAGAUACUACCUAUACAUAGAGACAUUAUUGCGUAGCGAAAACUUUACUCAGAUUGUUGUAAAUACUAAAGGGAUUUCUUGUGUUUCUUGGGUGUACCCUGUAUAGCGUAGACGUAGUCCUUAAGCAGUGUAAAUAGUUAGGAAUACAAUACCAUACAAUACAAUACAAUACAAUAGAAUAUUUUUAUGUGGACUUUGUCAGAGGUUCCUAAACUACAAUUUUUUGUCUUUUUUUUUGUUUAGAAUUUUCGUAAGUUAGGCAAAUGUACGGACACUCGGAGAAGAGUUUUCCGUUUUGGGGAAUUCUUUGGCUUUUUUAAUAAUCUAUGGGGACAUCAAAAUUGUAUGGGAAAUUCCUGCCAAAAGCUAGCUUCACUUUGAAGUAGGACCUUCCGAGGCUAACAAUUUAUUUAAGAGUUUUCCUACGGCCAAGGAUAUGCAGGGACUCGUUUGGGGCUAGUGCCAGUCAUGUGGGAAGUUCCUGUUCCCGUUACCAAUUCCUGCAAUGGGUUCCUUGCCCUUCUCCACCGCUCCCCCACUCCACCACUCUCUGUCGUCGUCUUGGCCAACUCCAGCAAUAUUUAGAGCUUCUAUUUCAGCAUGUCCGGUUGCAUAUUCUCAGCCCCUGCCCGAACUGCCGAGUCACUGCCGCCGAGCACUCUUGUCGGUUGAAUAUUUGCAUUUCCAUUUCUUGAAGGAGCGAGUAAGUGACUGGCUGAGUGAGUGAGUCCCCUUCAUGCAUGUGUAUGUGUUGUAUGUACGUGUGGCCCACAUUUAAAAGUCCACUAAAGGCCACUGUGACACUGCUCGGCCGCCAUUCAUUGAGGAGUCAUGGCCCGAAAACGGAAACGGGCCCGAAUUUAUCCGAUCAAAAUUGUAAAUAACAUGCAUAUACCAUAUAUGAAUAAACUAUAAACCUGUACUCAACAAUUUAUGUGGUAGUCAUACACACACCAACACACACACACACACACUAUAUAUACAGAUAAUGCAUUCAUAUAUAGUACAUAUAUGUAAUAAGUAUAUACAUAUAUAUGGAUAUUAAUAAUGUUAACCGAACGCAUGCAAAAUUAGUCGCGACAUGUAAAUGAAUGUUUAAUGGGUAAAAUUAAUGUUGCUAUAAACGGGACAGCGGAAUAUACCAUACAAAAUAAUUGCAAUUAAGCAAAUAAAAUAAUG